CUAUCACCAUGCCCGGUACUAUGCCCCCACCCCCACCGCAUCUGUUGCCUCCGGAUUUACCGACAGGCAUAGCAACCUUCUCCCCUUCCCCCUCCCCUACCCCUUCUCCAAUCCCAAGCGCGGCGGACCAACGGAUGAUCGCUAUAGCGCGGCAAGUAUACCGCGAGAUGUAUGCCCCCGCCUCUUCCUCUUCCGCUUCGCAAUCACCUUCAUACCCACAACCUUCGGCAGGGGAGAGGGAGAGGGAGAGUCAUGAAGAUAUGAGGAUGCGGGAGGUAGCGAGGAUGGUAUUCGAUGCUGAACGAGAACGUGCGAGGGUGGAGGGGGAGUAUUAUCGAGGUGCUGGGAGAGAGGAGGGUCAGGGGGCAGGGGUGGGAUCUGGGGAUUUGGGGUUCGAGCCGAUAGGGGUGGGGGCGGGGCCAUCUGGGGUUGGAGGUGCGUUUGGCGAGGUGAUGAGGGAUGAAGAGCAGAUUGACCUUCUAUUGACUACAGCUGCAAGAUGGGCAAUGCACGAACUAGUAGGUAAAGAAUACAAAUGUACCCGCGACCCCCGAUGGUCCGUCAAGAGUCCUAUGAAAGAAUGGCCCGCUGCCCAUCCCGAUGGGUAUCUGUAUACGUGUUUGCCGGGAGGUGGGCGGAAGAAGGUGUGGAGGCCUGAUUUUAGCAGUAAAGCCGCGGCUACGUCACAAAAGUUCCUGCAAGCAUCUCUCUCCCUCGCUUGGUCGACUCUUCUCAGGCUGGACGGCCCGUCCUCUAUUACCACGCCUGAUGGUACUGGCAUACUCACCGAGGCGGACAAGGACGACCUCUCCAAGAAGAUCGGGCAAUACUUUAAGAAUAUUCAACGGGUGAUACAUCAGAACAGCACGGAAGAGUUGCAGGUGAAGACGAGAGAGAUGAAUGAGGGGAAAAAGUUGAAGAGCCGGGCGGGCAAGAGGUUUGCGCAAGUAUCAAGAGGCGUCGAUUUCGAUAGCUCCAUCCUCGGCAGAUGUCAAGAGUCCGACCUCCUGCGGCACAUAUUUCUCGACGUCUUUAAGCAAAACAACGCUUUCUUGCCGUUCUUAUACGAUAUCCCGAAGGAAGAGAGGGAUAUAUGUGCGGUUUGGAGGGAUAUCUGGUUUGGGCUCUCGGGGCAGGAACUGCAGGAGGGGGAGGAAGUUUGGAUUGUGGAAGAUCCGGAAUGGUGGUCGAAUUGGCUGACGACGGCGUACUGGACGUAUUACUAUGAAGCCAACCCUAGCGGUACGCGAUUCUUCCGUCUCCCCGAGAGCAUGCGCAAGCGCCGUAUUCACUCCACCGACGACCUUCCCCCACUUUCAUGCGGUAUCACCCGCCGUAUGGUAGAUUCGAUAGCCAUGGCAUCACCUGCGAAUAGAGUAUGGGCGGCGGAGGUGCCUCCAGACCCGCCAGUCCCAGAAGAGAGAAGGACGUUGCAGAGCUUGGAGAAGGCUGUUGGGUCGAAGACUGGGAUGGGAUGGAGCGUGUCGCUGCAUGUAGCGUCUCUGGGCGAGCUUGAGGAGGGGGAGGGGGAAAGGCUGAUUGCAUUGAGGAGGGACGAUCCGGAGGCGUAUAGGAAGGAGAUCGGGGAAAGAGUCAAGCUGAUGGACGAAGUAUACCGUAGAUCAUAAUGACUUGAAUAUUUGUAUGAGAUAUGCUGGAAUUGAUGACAGUAGAUGCAUCAGUGACGACGA